CGCGCCGCUAUCGCUCGUUCCCCCCAAAAACCAAAAAUAUCCCGCGCUGCCGCUCCAAUUCCGUCGCCACUGCCUGCUCCCCUCGCUUUCCCCUCCACCCCGCGCCGCGCUCCGCCGCGCCGCAUCGAACCGCCCAUGGAUCCGCAGGCGGAGGCCGACGCGGCGGCGGUGCUGGGCGCGGACCCGGCGCCGCUCACGGCGCUGCUCGCCGACCUCGUCUCCCCGGCCAACGACGCGCGGUCGCGGGCGGAGCGGACGUUCCACUCCCUCCGCGCCACCCACCCGGACGCGCUCGCGCUCCGCCUCGCCCACCUCCUCCUCUCCCCCUCCCACCCCUCCGCGCCCAUGGCGGCCGUCCUCCUCCGCCGCCUAAUCUCCCCAGCCUCCCAGGCCUUCGCCUACCCCGCCAUGUCCCCCGCCACGCAGUCCUCCCUCCGCGCCCUCCUCCUCUCCGCCUCCUCCACCCCCACUCUCCCCAAAUCCAUCUCCAAAAAGCUCUCCGACGCCGUCGCCGAGCUCGCCACCCACCUCCUCCCGACCAACUCCUGGCCGGACCUCCUCACCUUCCUCUACAAGUCCAUCGCGUCCCCCUCCUCCCCGCCCGCCCUCCACGAGUCCGCCCUCAACACGCUCGCCCGCCUCGCGCCGCACCUCGCCGCCAUCUUCCCGGACCUCCACAACCACCUCCUCUCAUCCCUCUCCCACCCCACCUCCCCGGACAUCCGCGUGGCCGGCCUCAACGCCGCCAUCAGCGUCAUCCAGUCCCUCCCCACCGCCGCCGCCCGCGACGGGUUCCAGGACCUCCUCCCCGCCAUGAUGCGCGCCCUCGCCGACUCCCUCAACUGCGGCAACGAGGGCUCCGCGCAGGAGGCGCUCGAGAUGAUGAUCGACCUCGCCGGCGCCGAGCCGCGCUUCCUCCGCCGCCAGCUGCCCGACGUCGUCGCCUCCAUGCUGCACAUCGCCGAGGCGCCCGGCCUCGAGGACGGCACGCGCCACCUCGCCGUCGAGUUCGUCGUCACCCUCGCCGAGGCCCGCGAGCGCGCGCCCGGCAUGAUGCGCCGCCUCCCGCGAUACGUCGGCAGGCUCUUCGCCGUCGUCAUGGCCAUGCUGCUCGACGUCCACGACGAGCCCACGUGGUACGCCGCCGUCUCCGAAGAAGAAGACGCCGGGGAGACCGGGAGCUUUGUGUUCGCGCAGGAGUGCCUCGACCGGCUCGCCAUCGCCGUCGGCGGGAACACCAUCUUGCCCGUGGCUGCCGAGCUGCUCCCGUCGUUUAUCGGUGCUGAGGAGUGGAAGAGACGGCACGCCGCGCUGAUCACCAUUGCGCAGAUCGCCGAGGGCUGCGCCAAGGUCAUGACUAAGAAUCUCGAUCAGGUGGUUGGGAUGGUGCUCAAUUCCUUCAACGAUCCUCAUCCGAGGGUCAGGUGGGCGGCCAUCAACGCCGUAGGCCAGCUUUCCACCGACCUCGGACCUGAGUUGCAGAACCAGCUGCACCAUGUUGUGCUACCUGCAUUGGCUUCCGCCAUGGAUGAUUCCGACAACCCACGAGUACAGGCACAUGCAGCUUCUGCAAUUCUAAACUUCAGCGAAAAUUGCAGACCUGACAUUUUAACACCAUACUUGGAUGUGAUAGUCACCAAACUUCUGGUGUUGCUUCAGUCUGGAAGCCAAAUGGUGCAAGAAGGUGCUUUAACUGCCUUAGCAUCAGCUGCAGAUUCUUCUCAGGAACACUUCCAAAAAUAUUAUGAUGCGGUCAUGCCAUAUCUCAAGGCUAUACUCAUGAAUGCAACUGAUAAAUCAAGCAGAAUGUUGCGUGCCAAAUCCAUGGAAUGCAUUAGUUUAGUUGGUAUGGCUGUUGGGAAACAAAAAUUUAGGGAUGACGCUAAGCAGGUGAUGGAAGUUUUGAUGUCACUGCAAGGAUCUCAGAUGGAGGCUGAUGACCCGAUAACAAGUUACAUGCUGCAAGCAUGGGCGAGACUGUGUAAAUGCCUUGGUCAGGAGUUCCUUCCGUACAUGAAUGUUGUUAUGCCCCCUCUACUUCAAUCUGCUCAGCUAAAACCAGAUGUGAGCAUCACUUCUGCAGGUGAUGAUGGAGAAUCUGACGACGAGGGUGUUGAGACUAUCACCCUGGGAGACAAGAGAAUUGGCAUCAGGACCAGUCUUCUGGAGGAGAAAGCAACAGCAUGCAGUAUGCUGUGUUGCUAUGCUGAUGAGCUCAAGGAAGGAUUUUUUCCAUGGAUUGAUCAGGUCGCAACUACUCUGGUACCUCUCCUCAAAUUCUAUUUUCACGACGAAGUUAGGAAGGCAGCUGUUUCAGCUAUGCCUGAGCUUCUACGUUCAGCAAAGUUGGCAGUAGAAAAAGGCCAAGCUCAAGGCCGGGAUAAUUCUUAUCUUAAGCAACUAUCUGAUUAUAUAGUUCCGGCUCUUGUAGAGGCUAUAAAUAAAGAACCUGAGACACAAAUUUGUGCAAGCAUGCUGGAGUCAUUGAACGAGUCAAUACAGAUGUCAGGAACACUACUUGAUGAAGGUCAAGUUAGAUAUAUAGUGGAAUGUAUCAAAGAAGUAAUAACAUCAAGCUCUAAUAGGAGGACAGACCGAACAGAGAGGUCAAAGGCUGAAGACUUUGAUUCAGAAGAAGAUGAGCUGCUAAGGGAAGAAAACGAACAGGAGGAUGAAAUCUUUGAUCAAGUUGGUGAUUGUUUGGGCACGCUGGUCAAAACUUUCAAGACUUAUUUUCUCCCAUUCUUUGAUGAGCUCUCCGUCUAUUUGACACCGAUGUUGGGCAAGGAUAAGACAUCAGAAGAAAGAAGAGUUACCAUAUGCAUUUUUGACGAUGUCGCAGAACACUGUCAAGAAGCAGCAGUUAGGUAUUAUGAUACAUAUCUUCCUUCUCUGUUAGAAGCCUGCACAAGUGAAAACCCAGAUGUUAGACAGGCUGCAGUUUAUGGUAUUGGCAUCUGUGCGGAGUUUGGUGGCUCUGCAUUCAGGCCUCAUACUGGGGAGGCACUCUCUAGAUUAUACAAUGUAAUCAAACAUCCUAAUGCAUUGGAUUUGGAUAAUGCAAUGGCAUAUGACAAUUCUGUUUCCGCUCUUGGAAAGAUAUGUCAGUUUCAUCGUGAUAGCAUUGAUGCAUCUCAGGUUAUUCCUGCUUGGUUAAGUUGUCUUCCUUUAAAAAAUGACUUAGUUGAGGCAAGGAUUGUCCAUGAACAGAUGUGUGCAAUGCUUGAGAAGUCUGAUACGGAGCUUUUGGGCAAUAACAAUCAAUAUCUUCCGAAGAUUGUAUCUAUUUUUGCAGAGAUAUUAUGCGCGGGCAAGGAUCUGGCAACUGAACAGACUGCUAGCAAGAUAGUUAAUCUGCUAAGACAGCUUCAGACCACUCUGCCCCCUGCAGUACUUGCCUCGACAUGGUCUUCUCUUCAGCCACAGCAACAGCUUGCCCUACAAUCUGUAUUGACAUCAUAGCUAGCCAGAAUAACCUCAAUGGUUUUUACACACAUGGCUCUUCACAGCUUACCUUUUUUCUUGUGUUUUAUUCACAUAUUUUGUGCAUGGGUUCCUGGGGUUUGUGCAGCAUACAAAUGCCCUGAGCUUUUGUACGAGGGCAAGGUUUGUGCCCCGGUGUGUAUAUUAUUGUGAGUGAUGUGUACGGGGCUGGGUUAUCUCCACAUCUCCCCGGUGAAGCUGUAAAGUUACAUAUCCAAUUCACUAGUUAGUUGGAUCGAAAGAGUUGUAAAGUGACAUCAAUUUUGAUCGAUGGUGGUUGAUAGUGCAAUCAUUCUGUCAGCACUUGUUCA